AUGGUAGCCGUCGAUCAAUCUCCGGCCAACCUUACCGUCAAAUUUAUCAGUGAGACUGUUGUCCGUGCGACCAAUCAUUCAAAAAACCCAAUGUCGAUCUUCCCUAUUUCGAACUUGGACCGCAUCAUGGGCGGUAUACCAAUCAUCAUCUUCUACGUCUACAACAAACCAUUAUCCGGCCAUUUUUCUUCUGUUUUAAACGCCGUUAAGCUCCCGCUCUCUCAAGCUCUCGACCACUUUCCUCUCUUCGCCGGUGAAAUCUCUCAAGACUCCUCCGGCGAACCUGAAGUUCUAUGCAACAAUAAGGGUGUUCGCCUUAUUGAAGCAUCAACGAACAUUUCGUUGUUUAAGCUUGAUUUCUAUGAACAAAACAAUAGUAUUCAAAAAAUUAUUCUCAAAUUCGACAAUAAGUAUCCCUUGAGCGUUCAAAUUACGAGCUACACUUGCGGUGGUUUUUCAAUUUCUUGGUGUUUCGAUCAUCUCCUUGCCGACGCCUCUGGAUUCAUCAAGUUUUUAUCUGUUUGGUGCGAAAUUGCCCAAACUAAGAAACUUUUGCCCUCCAUGGAGUUUAACAACGAGAGACAUUUCCUCCGCCCUCGCACGCCACUGAUGUGUAGUGAAAGGAUUGAUCGGAUAUUCACCGUGUGUAACACGGGCGAUGCGUUCAAAAUGCCUGAAGGUUGUGCUACGGAGAGGCAUCUCUAUUUAGUCAAGAGUUCGACCCUUGAAAAACUAAAACAGGAAGCUUCAAGCAAAUACGGACCAAACAGAACCAGAACGGAGGCCUUAUCGGCAUACCUAUGGAAAAUGAUGGCGAGAACAUUCGACAAGUACUGCAAAUACACUCGUUGCAAGAUGGGAUGGGCAGUAGAUGGACGAAAGUGGAUGACCGACGAAGAAUCAAUAUCCAUACUGAAUUUCACAGGAAAUGUAUGUUCGAUGGCGGUAGGAAACGCGGCCAUCGAAGAACUGAUCGAAAAGUCGCUAGCCCACAUCGCAAGUACCGUAUCUAACGCAAUCAAUGAGGUCGCCAACCGUGAACAUUUCCUAGACUUGAUCGAUUGGAUCGAAUGCCAUCGAACCGAGAAAAUUGUGCCCAAGCUAAUGCUUAGUGAUUGUUCGCCGGCGAUACUAGUGUCGUCGUGCUGUAAUAUGCCGGUGAUGGGAAUGGAUUUUGGGUUCGGAUUGCCGGCGUUGGGGAUGUUUUGCUCGGCACUUGAUCGGUUGAGUGCGGGGUAUGUGAACAUUGUGUCGAGUGGGAGGGACGAUAAUUCUUGGUUUGUGUCCGCGUUUAUAUGGCCGGAGUUGGCAAGGGAGUUGGAGUUGGAUGCCAAUCAUGUUUUUGAGCCUAUUAGCGUUGGAUAUGUUGGAGUUUGA